AUGGACCCAUCCCCAUCGUUGAUGACCCAGCGAUCCUUUGCACGUGCGACCAAUGGGUCUGGGAUCCUCCCCUCAUUGGGUGAUGUCUCCUUGACUCAGGCUUCACCGACUCAGGCUCCAAACAUGUCUCAACCUUUGUCGGCUUUGAUGGAUGAUGCAGGGAUGGACGGAGUUGUCGAUGUGUAA